AAAAAUUAACAUAUAACGUCUCUCCAAAGAUUCACCAUAACCAAAAACAACGAAACCCCAUACCUGUGACUCUCCUCUCUCUCACAAAUCUCACCUCUUUUACCUACUACUGUUUCGUUCUCUGUAAACCCAAGGAGGAUUUGCCGUCAAAAUGCAGAAUCCAUCAAAAACAAUUUCUGGGUUUUUCACGUCUUGCUUAAUUUGUUGAAAAGAUACCUAAUUUUUCUUGUUUUGCAGGUUGUAGCCAUGAAACCUGUAAAACCCAUACUUUGAUUUCAUGAGGAAAUGUGAGGGAAAAAAAGAAGCAGAACUCUUUUUCGUCACAUAAUGGUGGCUGCUAUUUCUCAAGCAGCUACUUCUACUAAUAAAACCCCUAAUCUAACUAGACCUCCAUUGUUACCUUCAGAGAAAGAGCAAAAUAACAAUGGGGGUCGUGUUCAAACGAGAAAACCCAGAGGAAAACAAGUCCCUUCUCGAUAUCUUUCUCCUUCUCCUUCCUCUUCUACAACAACAACAACAACUACUACUACCAGUACAAGUUCUUCCUCAUCAUCAUCUUCGUUUGCUAAGAGAUUUGCUUCACCUUUACUUUCGCGGCCUACUAAUUCUGGGCCUGCAAACACACCGCCUUCUUUUUCGGGUCCUAAAAGAUCUCAAUCUGUGGAUAGGAGGCGGCCAGUGGCAGCGAGGCCACUGACACCGAACCCAGAAGCUAAACAAGGCAAUGCUACUGAAAUGUCUGCUGCAACAAGGAUGUUGAUCACUUCUACAAGGAGUUUAUCAGUGUCUUUUCAAGGGGAAGCUUUUUCACUUCCGAUUAGUAAGGCUAAGGCUGUCACAUCGCCUAAUGUGGGUAGAAAGGCCACGCCAGAAAGGAGGAAAGCGACUCCUGUGAGAGAUCAAGGAGAGAAUUCGAGCCCUUUGGAUCAGCAUAGGUGGCCUGGAAGGAGUAGAGAAGGGAAUUUGUGUUCUAGUGAGAGAAAUCCAUUGUUGUCCAGGAGUUUUGAUUGUAGUAGUGCAGAUAAGAGGACUAUGGGAUCUGGGUUAUUGAUGGUUAAGUCAUUGCAACAAUCUAUGUUAGUUGAUGAGAGGAGGUUGAGCUUGGAUUUAACCAAUGCUAAGCAAAACCCAGAUGCUAAUUCGGUAAAUGAGUCUUCCGUUACUGGUGAUCUCACUGCAUCUGAUAGCGAUAGCGUUUCCUCUGGUAGCACUUCAGGAUUGCAUGAAUUUGGUGGUGGGAUUUCGAAAGGAAAAGGUGGGCCUCGUGGCAUUGCUGUUUCUGCAAGGUUUUGGCAAGAAACUAAUAGUAGGUUGAGGCGGUUGCAGGAUCCGGGUUCAACAUUAUCUAAUAGUCCUAGUUCAAGAACGAGCAUUUCAUCGAAGAGUAUUCAAUCAAAAAGAUUUAGUAGUGAUGGUCCUUUGGCAUCUCCUAAAACAAUUGCUUCACCUAUUAGGGGAGCCGCUAGGCCUGCUUCACCUAGUAAGCUUUGGACACCUUCAACUUGCUCUCCAUCAAGAGGGAUUUCUAGUCCUUCGCGAGUGAGGCCGACGAGUCAUUCGGGUAGCAUGCCUUCAAUUCUUAGUUUCUCUGUUGAUUUAAGGAGAGGGAAGAUGGGGGAGGAUCGAAUUGUUGAUGCACAUAUGUUGAGGCUUCUGUAUAACCGUUACUUGCAAUGGCGGUUUGUAAAUGCAAGGGCAGAUGCUACCUUCAUGGUGCAGAGACUAAGUGCAGAGAAAAUUUUGUGGAAUGCAUGGGUAACAAUCUCAGAACUACGGCAUUCUGUCAUUCUUAAAAGAAUCAAGUUACUGUUGCUGAGACAAAAGUUGAAGCUAACUUCUAUCCUCAAGGGACAAAUUGCAUAUUUAGAGGAAUGGUCUUUUCUGGAUAGAGAUCACUUGACCUCUUUGGAAGGAGCAACUGAAGCUUUGAAAGCCAGUACUCUUCGUCUUCCAAUUGUUGGAAAAGCAAUAGCUGAUGUUCAGAAUCUGAAGGAUGCCGUUAGUUCAGCGGUUGAUGUGAUGCAAGCAAUGGCUUCCUCUGUAUGCUUGCUAUCAUCAAAGGUGGAGGAAAUCAAUUCUUUGAUGGCUGAACUUGUGAAUGUGACUGCGAAAGAAAAAUUUUUGCUUGAACAAUGUAAAGAUUUCUUGUCCGCAUUAGCAGGCAUGCAGGUUAAGGACUGUAGUAUGAGAACGCACAUAAUACAACUAAAUCGUUUACCGACUACCAGCAACCUGACAACACGGUGGAGGUGCAGUGGAGGUAAUAAACAUUCAUUGAAAUAGCUAGUUUUGGCUUCUUCACCUUCUGGCAUUUUUUGAACCAGUUGUGGUCUUUGCAUUGUCAUGUGUUACAUAUAUCUUUUGUAUCCGAAGAUGACAGAAAGGAUUUUCUUCCUACUAAUCAGCUGUAUACAAGGUACAAAUUCUACCGGCUUUUGAGGCCAAAGGAAAGUAAUGUAUAUGUAUAUAUAUAUAUAUGUAACGUUCACGGCUCAUAUGAUCACUGAUCAUUAUUUAGUUUCUUGCCUCACUUGAUUAUUUUUACAUUCUGAACAUGCUCUUGGCUUGCUUGGUUGGUUGGUUGUGACAAGCUUUAGUGCCAUUGUUUCCAAGUACAUUUAACUAAGCUUUAGUGUCAAAUGAGUACACGAAACAGAAACAGAAACAGAAGUAAGCUUUCUUAACAUUGUUGUGUAUAAGCAUUCAUAGCUUGUGUAUGAAUGGAUGCGUUCAUUUGGUUGA